ACCAACGCGCGAUUGAAAAGUGUUGGGGGAGGAGGUUUUGGUGGUGGGGGAAGUGGUGCGAGAGCGAGUGAAGUGACUAAGUAAAUAAGUAAAUAAAUCCCCGUGCCCUUCUUGCUUGCCUGCUUGCGCGUGUGUGUGUGUGAUAGUAAAAUUAAUAAUGAACGCCGCGUUCAUUCCUGUUUGCUGGCGGGGCUUGCCUGCGCUGCUCUACGUUUAUUUCCAACUGAUGGUGGCAUUGGUGGUGGUGGUGUUGUUGCAAUGAGGUUGUCAUUCCUGGCGACGUGAUUGUUACUCACAUCGGCGUGGGCUCGCGAUUGGCACUCGAUUUCUGGCUUCGCUAUGGAUUGCCCCAUAGUCUGCCCGGCUUGUGUGCAUUUAAAACGUCGUUCCGUUCGUUUUUGGUCGGUGCGAUGAGGAUGCACACACACAUCGCGUGCGCGGGGCUGGAUGCGGAUCACGUUCAUUGGAGUUCAUUGCAAUCGAAUAUUUUAUCUCUCGAAUUAACAUCUUGGAAACAAUGGAGCCCGUCUCGAGAUGGACAAUGGAUCAGGUGUUGCUGUGGAUUCAAGGCUUGGAGUCGGGCCUGCAGCAGUACGCGCCGGCCUUCCUGGAGCACCGUGUGAACGGCGAGGCCCUCCUGGCCAUGAGCGCCGAGCAGCUCGAGGUGAUGGGCAUCGGGCGCCUGGGCCACCAGGAGCUGCUGCUGCACGCGACCGGCUUGCUUCACUCCCUGCACUACGGCCUGGAGACGGACAGCGUGGCGGCGUUCGCUCACAAGCUUAUCGCCGCCGCACGCGGCCUGCAGGCCGUCGUGGGUCGCCGUCAGCGCAGAGACGACGCGGGGCCCGCCUCGUCGGAGCUGCUCGCCGCCGUGCUGCAGCUCAUCGCCGUGGCCAAGGCUCUCCUCUCGUGGCUUGACAGAAGCGCCUACUCUUCCACGCAGGCUCAGGUGUCCUUUGAAGAGGUGGGAAUGCCCACACUUUAA